CCCUAUACAUACACCUAUACACACAACCAAAUUUCAGUUAUCUUCACAAUGUCACUCCCAAAGCCCCCGCCGUUAACCUCCGCCGGAAAAUCAUUCCCCUCCGUCACCUCCUGCGACGUCUCCGCCAUCUCUCACAACUCCAUCGCCGCUGACUUGGACGGCACGCUUCUCAUCUCCUCCUCCGCCUUCCCUUACUACAUGCUCGUCGCCAUUGAAGCCGGCAGCUUCCUCCGCGGCCUCGUUCUCCUCCUCUCCUUCCCGAUCAUCGCCGUCGCUUACAUCUUCGUCUCCGAAGCUCUCGCCAUUCAGAUGCUCAUCUACAUCUCUUUCGCCGGCCUCAAGGUGCGCGAUAUCGAGCUGGCUGCACGCGCGGUGCUGCCGAGGUUCUACGCGAACGAUGUGAGGCGCGAGAGCUAUGAGGUGUUCGAGAAGUGCGGGAGGAGAGUGGUGGUGACGGCGAACCCGACGGUGAUGGUGGAGACGUUCUGUAAGGAUUAUUUGGGAGCGGAGAAGGUGCUGGGGACGGAGAUUGAGGUGAAUUUGAAGACGAAGAAGGCGACAGGGUUUGUGAAGAAGCCGGGAGUGCUGGUUGGCAAGUGGAAGAAGAUUGCGGUUGUUAAGGAGUUCGGCGAUGAGGUUCCGGAUAUCGGAAUUGGUGAUCGUGAGUCUGAUCAUGAUUUCAUGUCUGUUUGCAAGGAGGGCUACAUGGUGCCCCGUAGCAAAUCUUCUACACCUCUUCCCCUUGAUCGACUUAAGAGUCGUUUGAUCUUCCAUGAUGGCCGAUUAGUUCAAGCCCCGACCCCAUUUAAUGCCCUGAUCACCUUCAUUUGGCUGCCAUUUGGAUUCAUCCUGUCCCUCCUCCGUGUCUACAUUAAUCUCCCCCUUCCGGAACGAAUUGUACGUUACACGUAUGCAAUGCUGGGAAUCAAGCUAGUAAUUCGCGGCACUCCGCCUCCUGCCCCUGGACCUGGUUCUAAAGGGAACCUCUAUGUGUGUAACCACCGCACAGCCCUUGAUCCCAUCAUCAUUGCAAUUGCACUGCGACGCAAAGUCUCGUGCGUUACAUAUAGUGUCAGUCGCCUUUCAAGGCUGCUAUCGCCGAUCCCAGCUGUUGCUUUGACUCGUGACCGUGAAGCUGAUGCAGCCAUGAUCAAGGCACUACUUGAGAAGGGUGAUCUAGUGGUCUGCCCAGAGGGAACUACAUGUCGUGAGCCUUACCUGCUACGUUUCAGUGCCUUGUUUGCAGAAUUAAGUGACAGGAUCGUGCCAGUCGCAAUGAACCUCAAGCAAAAUAUGUUCCACGGUACAUGUGUCCGCGGUGUGAAAUUCUGGGACCCUUACUUUUACUUCAUGAACCCAAGGCCAACCUAUGAACUAACAUUCCUGGAGCGAUUGCCUGAGGAAAUGACAUGCAAGGCUGGUGGGAAAUCUUCGAUCGAGGUAGCUAAUCAUGUCCAGAAGGUUUUGGCCGGCGUACUCGGGUUUGAGUGCACUCAGUUGACAAGGAAGGAUAAAUAUUUGCUGCUUGGUGGAAAUGAUGGUAAGGUGGAAUCAAUGUACUCCAAGAAGUGAGAUAGAUAAUUUUGUGAUGCAACAACAGCUUCCAACUUUAUUAAUUGUGUACUGUUAAUGGAUGAUCUGAUAUCUAUUGUUCCAGCGUUUAUGUGACAUUGAUAAUAUUGUUCUGGUAUAAGAAAUUUAUGAUUUCAUAAUCUACUGUGUACUCAUAUAGUUCAUUAACCAGGCUGGCCAUUGUUUUAGUCAGUCCAGUUUAUAUGUAUUGAAAUACUUCAUGAUUUUACUUUGA